GCGGUUCCCGGCGCGGUUCCGGCUCCUCCUCCCGGGCCGUGCCGGGGCCGGAGCGCGGCUGCGCCCGGGCCCGAGUGCGACGUGGAUCCGGCGGCGCCUGCGCGGGGCCUCCCUUCGCUUCCCUUCCCUUCCCUUCGCUUCCCUCAGCGCCGAGCCGAGCCCGCGGCCCCGCCGGGCAGCGCCGGAGGGCUCUGAGCUGUGGGCGGGGGUCCCCCCGGAGCCGCCGAGGAUGAGCUGGUUCAACGCCUCGCAGCUGUCCAGCUUCGCCAAGCAGGCGCUGUCGCAGGCGCAGAAGUCCAUCGACCGGGUGCUGGACAUCCAGGCCGAGGAGAGCCCCUGGCCCGACGCCGUCAUCCCCGACUACGGUGACGGAACAAAUUCCCUCAUAAGUGGAGGAUGGGAUACAUCUUCCUGGGGCUUGAGUUCGACUACAGAACCCCAGAAUCAGCCGGUGUCGCCCACAGCAAUCACCAAGCCGGUGAGGAGGACGGUAGUGGAUGAAUCCGAAAACUUCUUCAGUGCCUUUCUCUCCCCAACGGACGUUCAGAGUAUACAGAAAAACCCAGUGGUGUCCAAACCCCCAGCCAAAUCACAGCGACCCAAAGAGGAGGUGAAAAGCACUUUGAAGGAGUCUCAGCACCCCAGUCAGCUGGAAGUGCCGGUGACCACAGAGGCAGAAGUGAAGGAUUCCUCCGUAGCUGGCCUGGACUUAAAAAGCCUCGAUAUUCCCAAGGAGAAAUCAGAAGAGAAUUCUGGGCUGAAAUCUGACACCAAGCAUGAAGCAAGCACAGAUGAAAUUACUGACAAAAAGGCAUCUGCUCUAAAUUUGGAAGAACCUGAGGAUGCUCCUAGUGAAAAAUCCAGUGUAGGAGGGGAAGGAGCAGUGGGUGCACCGGAAGGCACUUCACAGCCUCUUGGUGCAGGCACAAAAGACAUGGGUCUGGAAGGAAAGGAGAGAAAGACUGAGGACAGACAAAGCAAUACCCCAUCACCUCCCAUUAGCACUUUCUCCUCGGGCACUUCCACAACCAGUGACAUUGAAGUGCUGGACCAUGAAAGUGUGAUAAGUGAGAGCUCUGUGAGUUCAAGACAAGAAGCUGCAGAUUCCAAAUCCAGCCUUCACCUCAUGCAGACGUCGUUCCAGCUUUUAUCCACCUCUGCCUGCGCGGAUUAUAAUCGCUUAGAUGACUUCCAAAAAAUGACAGAGAGCUGUGGCUCCUCUGAUGCUUUCGAAAGGAUUGACUCAUUCAGUGUCCAGUCCUUAGACAGCAGAAGUGUGAGUGAAAUAAACUCAGAUGAUGAGUUAUCGGGCAGGGCUUCCGCCUCAGCGUCUGCCGCUGUCAGUCCUGCUGUGCCAAAGACAGAAACGGUCGAUGCCCUGAAAAAUAAACCUGAAAUCUUGAGUGAUGCUCCUGUGUUACACGCUGAGGAAGCUGAGAUGGAAGAGAGUGGGAGAAGUGCAACCCCUGUUAAUUCUGAACAGCCAGAUGUUCUGGUUGCUGCUGUGCAAGCUCCCGAAGAACAGGUGGUGAAGGAGGAGGCCGAGCCACAGCAGGAUGCUGUGGAGCAAGUGGUAGAAGAGGACACUGAAAAGCAAGAGUUUAAAAAGAUGAUUGAUUCAUUAACUGAGAAACUGGAGAAGAGGGAAAUACAGUUAUUAAGUGCUAGUAAAGAAAAGGCACGCCUGGAAGAAGCUUAUGAUAACCUAAAAGAUGAAAUGUUUCGAAUGAAAGAAGAGAGCAGUAGCCUUUCAUCUCUUAAAGAGGAGUUUGCUCAGCGAAUUGCAGAUGCUGAGAAGAAGCUCCAGCUAGCCUGCAAGGAGAGAGAUGCAGCUAAAAAGGAAGUAAAGACUGUUAAAGAAGAACUGGCUACUAGACUUAAUACCAACGAAACUGCUGAAUUACUGAAAGAAAAAGAAGAGCAAAUCAAAGGAUUAAUGGAGGAAGGAGAAAAGCUUUCCAAACAGCAGCUGCACAAUUCCAACAUUAUUAAGAAAUUAAGAGCCAAAGAGAAAGAGAGAGAAAAUAUUAACACAAAACAGAGCAAAAAGAUUAAGGAAUUGGAAGAGGAGUUGCAGCAUUUAAAACAGGUGCUUGAUGGCAAGGAGGACCUUGAGAAGCAGCAUCGAGACAGCAUUAAACAACUGAACAGUGUUGUAGAGCGACAAGAAAAGGAUCUUGCUAAACUUCAGGCAGAGGUGGAAGACCUUGAAGAAAGGAAUAGAAGUGUCCAGGCAGCACUUGACAGUGCAUACAAGGAACUUGCAGAUCUUCAUAAAGCUAAUGCUACAAAGGACAGCGAGGCUCAGGAAGCAGCCUUAAGUAGGGAAAUGAAGGCAAAGGAAGAGCUUGGGUUAGCUCUGGAAAAGGCCCAGGAGGAGGCUCGGCAGCAACAAGAAGCUUUGGCAAUUCAGGUGGCAGACCUGAGGCUGGCACUUCAACGUGCAGAGCAGCAGGCAGCAAGAAAGGAAGAUUAUUUACGCCAGGAAAUUGGUGAACUACAACAGAGACUCCAAGAAGCAGAGAACAGGAACCAAGAACUGAGCCAAAGUGUCACAUCCGCUACACGGCCCCUGCUCCGGCAGAUAGAAAAUCUUCAGGCCACACUGGGAGCACAGACCUCUGCAUGGGAAAAACUGGAAAAGAACCUUUCUGACAGACUGGGUGAGUCUCAAACUCUUCUAGCAGCAGCUGCUGAGAGAGAACGGGCUGCUACAGAAGAACUUCUUGCUAAUAAAAUUCAGAUGUCUUCUUCUGAAUCUCAGAAUAGUCUUUUAAGGCAAGAAAAUACACGCCUUCAGGCUCAGCUGGAAGUGGAGAGAACCAAAUUGAAGAAAAUGGAAAAUGAAAACAGUAGGUAUGAGGUUGAACUAGAAGGGCUCAAAGAUGAGUAUGCAAAAACCUUGGAAGAUGCAAAGAAAGAAAAGACACUGCUGGCUACUCAGUUAGAAAUGGAGAGGAUGAAAGUGGAACAGGAAAGAAAGAAGGCAAUUCUCGUGCAGGAAGCAGCAAAGGAGAAGGAUCGGAAGUCAUUUACAGUUGAAACUGUUUCAAGUACUCCAUCAAUGUCACGCUCUAGUUCCAUAAGUGGGGUGGAAAUGGCAGGUCUUCAAACCUCUUUCCUCUCACAGGAUGAUCCUCAUGAUCACUCGUUUGGACCAAUAGCUACUAGUGGGAGCAACCUCUAUGAUGCCAUAAGGAUGGGAGCAGGUUCAAGUAUAAUUGAAAACCUUCAGUCACAGCUAAAACUAAGAGAAGGAGAGAUUUCACAUCUACAGCUGGAAAUAGGAAACCUUGAGAAAACUCGAUCAAUAAUGGCAGAAGAACUGGUUAAAUUAACAAAUCAAAAUGAUGAACUGGAAGAAAAAGUGAAGGAAAUACCAAAAUUACGCACACAGUUAAAGGAUUUGGAUCAAAGAUACAACACAAUUCUCCAGAUGUAUGGAGAGAAGGCAGAGGAAGCUGAGGAACUCCGACUGGAUCUGGAAGAUGUGAAAAACAUGUACAAGACUCAGAUAGAUGAACUUUUAAGACAAAGACAAAAUUAAUUCCUGCUGGAACUCUUAACAUUAUAUGUUAACAGACUGUAAAGAUAACUGUUUAUGUAAAUGCUGAAUUUAAAUGUCUUGUAAAAAAUAACUGUAUUAUAGAAAAUGUGACUAUAUCAUAGAGUUCCUAUGUUGACAGAAAAAUCAAUGCUUUAAGUGUCCCAUUCUGUCUGCAGUUAAAUUAUUUGUGCAAUAUUUAAUUUUUUUUUUCAGUCAUCCCUUUAUUUAAGUCUUUGCUAAAUGGUGGGUCAUUUUACUUGUAAACAGUAGCAGAAAUGAUGGUUGUUACCUCAUGAGACAGCACUGGAAGGCAUGAGUUGUACUAAAACAGCCCUUGAUUCGUAAUUCCUGUAAACCUAUGAAAAUCACAUUAGAAGUCUUUCCUAA